GUUGGUAACAAUGAUGAUUCAGACCAAUGUAAACACCGUGGUAUUGUGUCGCGAAGUUCGUCACAUGUGGUAGAUUGGUGCACACCACCAUUAUAGCUAGGAUACCUUGUAAACGUAAAGUCAUAGAAAUAGCGAGUGUUGAAGAACGUCAGAGAUUUGUUAAUUAGGCUACCUACUACUAAUCCGUGAGAAGUAUAAUAGUACUUCUCGGAAAUUCUAUUAGUGUACCAUACUAGUAUUGUGUCCCUAAGAUUCUGAGCUACAAGCUAACACACAUCGAAUCUGGUGAUUGAGACAAUCCGAAAUCAGUGUAUUACCUUAGUUUGGACUUGUCCUGCCCAUUGUCACGUUUGAGAGAAAAACAAGAGAAUGGAUUCAACCCGUCUUGUAGUUGGAGAGUUUCAGCUAACAAAAGAUGCCAAAAGAAAUGCCACUGCUAAAGGAAAAAAGAAAAAGGAGAAACAAGAUGAUGGAGCCUCUACCUACAAUUUUGAAGUGAAAAUUAUAAAGAUGGAUCAGAUAAAUUUGGAAGUGGAUUUUCUUGGCUUUCCAGUGGCCCUAAUUAAUGCUUACAGAAGAAUUAUCUUGGCUGAGGUUGCAACUAUGGCUAUAGAAAAAGUUUAUAUGUACAACAACACAAGUAUCAUUCAGGAUGAAGUUCUUGCCCACAGACUUGGACUUGUUCCAUUAAAAGUUGAUCCUCGGUUUUUUGAAUUUAGAAAUGCAGAUGACAGUGAAUGGGGUGCACAAGAUUCUGUCAAGUAUGAACUUAAAACUAAAUGCCAGAAGAACCCAAAAGCAGCAAGUAAUGAAAUUCUCUCUUCAAGUUUGACAUGGGCACCAAUUGGCAAUCAGACAGAUAUAUUUCAGCCUGCAAACAUGGGGCCUUUACACGAUGACAUUCUGCUUGCAAAAAUGAACCCAGGUCAUUUAAUACAUUUAGAAGCUUAUGCUGUAAAAGGCAUUGGCAGUGAUCAUGCAAAAUUUCAACCAGGAAUUGCUUCAUAUCGUUACCUUCCUGAGAUUCAGUUAACUCGGGAAGUUGAAGGAGACCAAGCAGAACUGUUACAAAAGUGUUUUUCUCCAGGAGUCAUAAAUAUUGUUACUAAACCUGAUGGUAAAAAAGUUGCAGAAGUUAAUGAUGCAAGGAAUGAUACUUGCUCCAGGAAUGUCUUUGAAUAUGAUAGUAUCAAGGAUGCUGUUAAACUAACAAGGAAAACUGAUCAUGUUAUAUUUUAUGUCGAGUCACAGAGUGCUUUGAAGAGCUUUGAAAUUUUAGAAGAAGCAGACAUAAUGAUUGGCAAGUGUGAUACUCUCCUUACAGAAAUUGAGAAGCAUGUGGAAAGAACUACGGAUUAAGAACUUGUCAGUUUUGGAAGGGCAAUAAAGUUUGUGAAACGUAAAUUUCUCUUUGUACUAAAUAAAAAUUCACCUAUUA